AUGAAACCAGCUCCGUUAGUUGUCUCACUAAUGACCCAAAGCUCAGAGCCCAGCAGUGGGGCCGCAGACAGAGCGCCGUUGAUUCCGCAGCCGGCGCCGUUGUCACCGUUUGGAUCGGUCUUCACAGACUCGGUUCCGGCCGCGCAAUGGGACGUCAACGAUGUAGGAGACUGGCUGGAGUCACUGGGGUGUGGGACGUACCGAAGGGGGUUUGAAAAUAACGACAUAUCGGGGGAGAUUUUGCUUGAAUUGGGUCAGGCGGAGCUGAAGGCUUUGAUCGAUAAAGUCGGAGAUCGACUCCGGGUGUACCAGGGGAUCAAGCGGCUGCAGUUUAUUAGUGAGGCUGCAGCAACGUCCGCUGCUGCCAUUUCAGCUAGUAGCGCCCCGAGCAGUUCGUCCGCGCUCGAUUCGGGGCCGCGUUCUACUGGCUAUUUUUCGAGCGUUGACACCUUUUCCAGUGACCGCUAUGAUCAGGACUCGUUGCGGUUCGUAUACCCCGACGGCACCACUCGCUUCAUUUCGGUAGCCAACGCAAAGGACGCUACUGAAAUCAAGCUUAGCGCCAUCCGUCGUAUUAUUCCGGCCCUAGCCGAGACUGCACUUGUCAAUUGGACUAUUACCGACGCCGAAAACCGUCCUGUGAGCGACCAGGACAUCAUGGCUCGCGCUCGGACUCCCUCGCCAACCUACACAUUUUAUGUGCGACACAGCCCCAUUGGAGAAAUGAACUCGCCGCGAAGGCCCGCUCAGCGUACGUCUACAGCAGCACUCCGAUCGGUGGUGUCUGUUGGUCGACCCACAAGUCAGCAAGUAUCCAUGAACCUGGAAAAGUACUUCCCUGGAGUCGACAGAGAAGAACUGCAAGCGACAAUUCGAAACUCUGUCAUUGUGAGCCGACGGCUUUCGACUAUUCGCAAUAGCAACCGUGUCAGUCGUCGACUCAGCAACCUAAUGGUUCCAUCGACAGGCGGAGAGACAAGUAUUGCCCCACCAGGCACUGUUACGCCAAUGCGUCGCCAAACCGCUACUAAGGGGAAUCGUAACUCACAUGCAACUUUUUCGAAGCGAUUCUCCUCGCUGGCCCCGUUUGGAGCUUUGAACGAAGAUAAUGAACUUGCAGAUGAAAACGACGAAAACACCCUCACUGGCCAUGCAGCCCAGCCUGUUUCAGAACAAGAAGGUAUCGAGGAACUGAAUCUCGGCGACCACAUGAAGGCCGAAUGGUUCAGAGGUAAGCUUAUUGGCUCGGGAUCUUUUGGAACAGUGUAUAUGGGUGUGAACAAGACCACUGGUGAGCUGAUUGCUGUUAAAGAGGUCCCUAUUCCCAAAGACGAUUCUGGCGGCGACAAACAGAGAAGCCUCAAGAUGGUUGAGGCCCUCAAACGUGAAAUAAAUUUCAUGAAAGACUUCGACCACGAGAACAUUGUUCAGUACCUUGGGUUUCAGACGAACAGCGACUCUUUGCAUAUUUUCCUUGAGUACGUUCCCGGUGGCUCACUUUUCUCUAUUCUUAACCAGACAGGUCCCUUCGAGGAUACUCUUGUCAGAAGAUAUUCCCGGCAGAUCCUCGCCGGUCUGCAAUACUUGCAUGAUCGGCACAUUGUUCAUCGCGACAUCAAGGGUGCCAAUGUUCUUGUGGACAACCGUGGGGUCAUCAAGAUCUCAGACUUUGGGCUCUCGAAAAAGGCAGAGACUCAGCAGCUACUUUCUAACCGCCAGAGCAUGCAGGGGUCUGCGUUUUGGAUGGCACCCGAGGUCGUGAGGCAGCAUGGAGGCGCCACGGUAAAAGCAGAUAUCUGGUCAUUCGGUUGUUUACUUAUUGAGCUCUAUACAGGGACGCACCCCUUCCCCCAGCUUUCACAAAUGCAGGCAAUAUUCAAGCUGGGAAACCACAUGCGUCCAGAGAUACCGAAAGACUUGUCUCCCUCCGCAGAGGACUUUUUGCUAAAAACGCUUACUGUAGAUAUCGCUGCCCGACCUACAGCUAGGGAACUCCUUGAGCAUGCAUUUUUGAAGUAG